AUCUGCAGCUCUGCAGAACGCAACACCCACCUCGCUACAACGACCGCAGGGGGAGAAAACGGACAAACUAACGACAAGAGACAAUGACAAGACGACAGGAGAGGUGAACACAGACGGAGACAACAAGACAGAGAGACAUAAAGACGGAGACAUAAAGACGGAGACAACAAGACAGAGACAACAAGACAGAGAGACAUAAAGACGGAGACAACAAGACAGAGACAAAUCAACAAGGGGCAAUUAGAACAGAACGACAGACCUGAAGAAGAGGAGAAGAACAGAACGACAGACCUGAAGAAGAGAAGAAGAACAGAACGACAGACCUGACGAAGAGGAGAAGAACAGAACGACAGACCUGAAGAAGAGGAGAACAAGAAGGUGGGGGUGCUACGGUUGAGAUGGAGUUGUGGCGUCACUGUGCCGUGUGGCUGAUAGAGUGCAGGGUGCUCCCUGAGAGUCACAGGGUAACGUGGGACAGUGCUCAGGUGUGUGAGUUAGCCCAGGCUCUGAGGGAUGGAGUCCUGCUCUGUCAGCUGCUGAACAACUUACUACCCCACGCCAUCAACCUCCGAGAGAUCAACCUCCGACCCCAGAUGUCCCAGUUCCUGUGUCUGAAGAACAUCCGUACGUUCCUGGGGGUGUGUCAGGAGAAGUUUCACCUGAGGAAGACUGAACUGUUUGAAGCCUUCGACCUGUUUGAUGUCAGAGACUUCGGCAAGGUGUGUGUGUGUAUGUGUGUGUGUGUGUGUGUGUGUGACAUCACCUCACCCCAUCUGAACUCUCUCUCGUUUCACAUGUACAUUUUUAGUCAUUUAGCACGACGCUCUUAUCCGGAGAGACUUACAGUUGCAGAACAUUCAUCUUCAGGUAGCUAGGUGGGACGAUCAUUCAUCUUCAGAUAGCUAGGUGAGACGACCAUUCAUCUUCAGAUAGCUAGGUGAGACGACCCCAUACAGUACAUUCAUCUUCAG